UAUUAUUAUUUAUCAUAAAUAACAUGUGAAAAAAUAUUAAAAUUAAAUUGCAUUUAUUAUUGUAAAUAAUUAGUACGAAAUAAUAUUAAUUCAGCUUAAACUAUUGAUGAAAUUGUAUUCCUUUUAAGUAUUGUUUUUUAAUUAUUUGGUUAAUAAUGUCUCAAAAUGUAUGCAUAAAAUUAGCUUCUGAACGUGUGGAUACAGCAAUUGAUAAUAGUACAUUUAAUGUACGUCUAUAUACACCUGGGGAAAUAAUUGUUCAACAAGGAGGUUAUAUGCGUGGCCAUGGAACUUACACUGAAGAUGACUACUUAAAAGCUUCAGUUGCUGGAGUUGUAGAACAAGUUAAUAAAUUGAUUUCUGUGAAACCUCUGAAAAGCAGAUACGUUGGUGAAAUUGGUGAUGUUAUAGUUGGACGUAUCACAGAAGUUCAACAAAAAAGAUGGAAAGUAGAUACAAACUCCAGACUUGACUCUGUUUUACUAUUGUCAUCGGUUAACUUGCCAGGAGGAGAGCUGCGUAGACGUUCUGUUGAAGAUGAACAAGCUAUGAGACGUUAUUUGCAAGAAGGUGAUCUUAUCAGUGCAGAAGUUCAAAAUGUUUAUGGUGAUGGUUCGCUAUCACUGCACACAAGAAGUUUAAAAUAUGGAAAGUUAUCUCAAGGAAUUAUGGUUAAAGUUUUUCCAUCUCUAGUGAAACGGCGAAAGAAUCAUUUUCAUAAUUUACCCUGUGGUGCUUCUGUUAUCCUCGGAAACAAUGGAUUUAUAUGGAUAUGUCCAACAAUCAAUCAAGAUGUUGGUGGUGCUGGUGGUUUUACACAAAAUUUAGAGGAGGUGGUUCCAAGAGAUGACAGAGAAAUGAUUGCCCGAAUUAGAAAUGUUAUUUUAGCUUUGGCGCAUUUCAAGCUUCAGUUGUGUGAUACUAGUAUAACCUAUGCAGUGGAAGAAUCUAUAUCUGCAAAUUAUACUCCUAGAGAUUUAAUCACACCGGAAUAUAUGUUAGAUGUUGUGAUAAGAACUAAACACAGAUUACAAGAAUUAAAUGAGUGA